GUAAAUAUAUUUUUCCUUGCAGGAAAUUGCACAGGAAAGCCAAGAUAUGAACUGGGGCACUUUUAAAACCCUUCUUGCGGAUGCCUUGGUUGAUCAUUUGCAUCCCAUGCUGGUUCUACUUUUGAAUUUGGUGUUCUUUUCUUUUCCAAUUUCCUUUCUCUCUAAAGAAGUUUACAAUACAGGAUAGGAAAUUCAUACAGGCUAUACUGAUUUACAUUCAAACUUAUUUCUGUUGAAUUUGUUCAUUUGAUCUCCUUGAGGGGAGUUUGAUGUUUUAUUAAUGUUUGGUUGUGUAGAUGCAUGCAAACUUAAGACUUAUAAUCUUAAAUAUGGACUAAAAAAUCGAUCAGCCCACACAUAUCAGGGAAUAAACUUCCCUUUAUACACACCUAAUGUUGACAUAUGAGUCAUUCAAGCAUUGCUAAUGUACUUGAAUCUAGUUUGUGCUGGCCAUUCAAUCCUUGCUCCAAACAAAUACUUCUAUGAGAAAGGCUUUGAAACUCCUUACUGAAGCCUAAUUAGCAUAAAAUUUGCCUGUUCCCUGUCAUACACAUUGUGUGAACUGUGAACACCAGUCACAAAAUUAGUGCUUACUGAAGUGAUGGGUGCAUAUCUUCUUUUCCCUUCUUUUUCUGAGAAUUAUUUGUGUGUGACUGCAGAUAUUUUGGUGUUAUUAUGGUUGUUCCUUAUUUCUACUAUACUUCUUGUCCAAUCAUCUUGCCAAUUUCUACAACUUUUUGCUAACUGCUUUUCUAAUAAUUAUUGGAGAGCGGUCAAUUUGCCUCCCACUGUCAAUGUUCAAUUCUUAUUGAUUUGGUGUCUCCAUCAUCAAUUAGGCUUUUUGCUUUUUUAGGUUCACUCGGAGGAAAUAAUAUCUGAUCCAGCUUAUUUGGAUGGAGUCUUGGCAGAAGGUGCCACAAAAGCUGCAGCUAUAGCUGAUACUACUCUUGAUAAUGUCUAUCAGGCUAUGGGAUUCUUGCAGAGAUGAGCAGAAUCAAUUAUAACAGGGGAAAUUUAUGUGAGAUGAUAUGCUUGCAUACCUUGAUUUUGAUGAUUCAUCAUUGCCCACAGUAUUUUUGGAGUAUAUGGAAAAACCAAUAGUCUGGAUAAAUGAAAGAGUAAGGCCCACAAUUUCUUUGGUGGAGUUGGCUACAUUUCUCCUCUUCAGACAGGUGGGUUGGGUUACAAGGUGUUGCUCUUAUCUUAUGGAAGAUGGGGCAUGUCACAGGAGCUCCAGGCACCAGGCAUCAGGCACAUGUUCUCACGGGCCUACUUCUGUUUGCCACAUGCCCACAGGAACCACUUGCAACAGCAGGUUGCCAGCAUGAGGAGAUCCCUUUUUGAUCAGGGAUACCUUGACGAACAGUUCAUUCAACUGGAGGAAUUACAGGAUGAUGCUAACCCUGAUUUUGUAGAAGAAGUUGUUACACUAUUUUAUAGUGAUUCAGCCAGAUUGAUCCAGAGUAUUGAACAGGCGCUGACUAGUAGGCCUAUUAAUUUUGCUAGGUUGGACGAUUACAUGCAUCAGUUCAAAGGUAGCAGCUCAAGCAUUGGUGCUAAAAAGGUGAGGACUGCAUGCACUCCGUUUGGGGAAUACUGCAGUGAAGAGAAUGCCGAAGGAUGCAUCCGGGCAUUCCAACAAAUCAAGCAAGAGUAUGCAACCUUGAAGAGGAAGCUUGAAACCUAUUUUCAGAUGGUGAAAUAGGCAGGAAAUUCUGUUACCCGAUGAUUGAAGUAACUGGUCAUGUGCUCAAAUAAAGAAAGAACCUGCAUAUUC